GCUUCCCAACAUGUAAAACUCACCAUUACACACCAAAAACCACUAGUAUCCAACAAUGACUACCACAAGUGCUGCUCUCUUCCUUUGCUUUGCAUUCCUCUUCUGUGUGUCUCAAGGAGCAAAGAUUACUUUCACAAACAAGUGCCAAUACACAGUAUGGCCAGGAACCCUAACCGGAGACCAAAAGACUCAGUUAUCGUCAACCGGUUUCGAGUUGGCCUCAGGAACAUCAAACUCUUUGGACCUUCCAUCUCCAUGGUCAGGUCGGUUCUGGGCUCGAACAGGAUGCUCUAACAACAACGGAAGGUUCAGUUGCGCCACAGCAGAUUGCGGCUCCGGUCAAGUCCCGUGCAACGGCGCAGGUGGAAAUCCACCCGCAACUUUGGUAGAAAUAACGGUUGCAGAGAACGGAGGGCAAGAUUUCUACGACGUGAGCAACGUGGACGGGUUCAACAUCCCGAUGUCCGUAACCCCACAAGGUGGUAGUGGCGAAUGCAAAAGCUCGACUUGCCGGAGCAACAUCAACGCUGUGUGCCCUGCAGAACUUCAAAUGAAAGGGUCUGAUGGCAGCGUGAUCGGUUGCAAGAGUGCUUGUUUGGCUUUCGGAGAUGAUAAGUAUUGUUGCAAAGGAGCAUACGACAAGGCUGAGACAUGUCCACCAACGGACUACUCUCGGUUCUUCGAGGAACAGUGCCCUGAGGCUUAUUCCUAUGCUUACGAUGACAAGAACAGCACUUUCACUUGCUCCAACAGACCUGACUAUGUCAUCACAUUUUGCCCUUGAAUUCCUCACUCUAUAUACGAGACACACACUUCGUUCGGUGUAAAAAUAAGUGUAUGCACAAAUACAUGUCAUGAUGAAUAAGAAAUCACGUCUUUUGGUGAUUGUAUUGAUCAUAUAUAUAUAUAUAUAUGAUCCAAUAAACUUUAACUUUUAUAUUUGGUGCCUUUGGA